AUGACUAUGGUGAUCUUGCUUCGUAUUAAAGCGGACAAGCUCCCGAUUUUCUUAUUCGGCGACUCGACGAUGGAUGUCGGGACUAAUAACUUCUUGCCGGGGUGUAAAGCAAGGGCCGACAUUAGUUUCUAUGGGAUCGGUUCUCGCGGCUCGCGGCCGACGGGGAGGUUCAGUAAUGGCUAUAACACUGCUGAUGCACUUGCGAGGUUAAUGGGUCACAAGAGAAGUCCAAGACCAUUUUUGUCACUCAUCACCCAGAUGAGCAACUUCAAGAGGAAUGUACUCACUGGUGUGAACUUUGCUUCUGGAGGGUCAGGAAUCAUGGACACUACGGGGAAGAAAUUUGGGCGAGUGAUACCGUUCGGGGAACAGGUGGAGCAGUAUGCGACGGUUCGAAACAACAUUACGGAACUGAUGGGGACAUCUCGAGGGAAGACUAUGCUCUCGAAUUCCCUCUUUGUCAUCAGCGUCGGAAGCAACGACAUCUUCGAUUACUUCGAGUCCAGUCAAUCUCGGAGCCCCGAGUUCCUCGUGAAUCUUGGUAACCAAUAUGAAGCUCACCUGAAGAAUCUGGCAAGACUUGGAGCGAGGCGGUUCGGCAUCAUCAGCAUCCCGCCGAUCGGGUGCGUCCCGAUCCAAAGGCUGCGGGGCAACGGCAGCGGCGGUUGCAUGCAGGACAUCAACGACUACGCUGAGGCGUUCUUGGCCGUAGUUAAAGGAGUCCUACCGAAGCUGAAGUCCGAGCAUCAAGGAGUGCAAUUCUCUCUCGGGAAUGCUUAUUUGGCGACCAUGAGUAUCAUCAACAUUACGUUCCCCUUCAAAGAGGUGCAAAAGGCUUGCUGUGGCAACGGGACACUGAACACAGAAUCGGCAUGCUCCCCGACGGCCCGAGUGUGCCGGAACCGGGAGGACUACUUGUUCUGGGACCAGUUCCAUCCAACUCAGGCUGCUGCCAAGCUGGCCGCAGCGGCUCUCUUCGCCGGUUCGCCCCCUCUCGUGGCCCCCCUCAAUUUCAGCUCCGUCGCUCGGAUUUAUGUCUAA